AUGUCUGGCGGAGGUCCAGUUCCGGUGCCUGUAAAGGGCGAUGAUUCCUCGAUCCUGUGUAUGGAAGACAUCAAAGCAAUUGCAGACGCAAAGCUGCCAGAGGUUGCAAGAGACUUCUUCAACUCCGGCUCAACCUACCAAACCACGAUUGCCGAAAACAGCUCCGCCUUCUACAAGUACCGUCUACGCUCGCGCGUCCUCGUCGAUGUCUCCCAGUUGUCCACCUCGACCACCUGUCUCGGGCGGACCAUCAAGUUUCCCCUGUGCGUGUCGCCCGCAGGGAUCCAGGCCAUGGCUCACCCGGACGGGGAAGUGGCAACGGCCCGGGCGUGUGCGAAGGUCGGCAUCAACAUGGGGAUUUCGAGCUUUUCAAACUACUCAGUAGAGGACGUCGUCGGGGCAUCCAACGGCGGCGUCAACUACGCCAUGCAGAUGUACACCAUGAAAGACCGGCCCCUCCAGGAGCGCAUCAUCCUGCGAGCCGAAGCGGCGGGCUGCAAAGCCAUCCUGCUCACCGCCGACUCGCCCGUGCUGGGCGUGCGGUACAAUGAGUGGCGCAACGACUUUCGGACCCCCGAAGGACUCGGGUUCCCCAUCCUCGAGUUGACGAGUGAGAUGAUCCGCAAGCAGACGCACGACAGCGGCUUCACGGCCUUCAACGACGACUCGCACCACUGGGCCCGCGACAUCCCGUGGCUGAGAGAACGGACCAAGAUGCAGAUCUGGAUCAAGGGCAUCGUCACGGCCGAGGAUACCGAGUUGGCCAUUCAACACGGCUGCGACGGCAUCAUUGUCAGCAACCACGGUGGACGACAACUCGACGGCGUCCCCGCGACCAUUGACGCAUUGGUGGAAUGCGUCGACACCGCCCAGGGACGCAUCCCGAUCCACAUGGACGGAGGCAUCAGGAAGGGAACAGACAUCUUCAUCGCCCUCGCGUUGGGGGCCCAAUGCGUCUGGGUCGGCCGACCCGCCAUCUGGGCGCUUGCGCACAGUGGACAGUCAGGCGUCGAGAAGAUGCUGGAGAUGCUCUACGACGAUUUCCGCCGGUGCAUGGCGCUUUGUGGAUGCAACAGUGUCGACGAGAUCAAGAGGAGCUGUCUGAGCAGGAUGGGCCUCGACGGCGUCUUGAGGCGUAUGGAGUAG